UGCGUCGCUGGAGGAAAGAAAAAAAAAAGAAAAAGAGAAAUGUUGCAGCAGCAGCAGCAGCAGCCUCUGACGGGCAACGGGCCCUCCUCCAACGGCCGGGGACUCGGCAUGAGCGGCCACCCGGGGAUGCAUGCGCUUAACUCGGUUCACCAAGCUUCCCAGCAUCGGUCCGACGGAGGAGGUGGUGGUGGCGGUGGAGGGGACUCCUCGGGCCUCGAGGGGGGCACUGAAAACGGACACGAAACCCGCAGAGACAUCGGCGACAUACUGCAGCAGAUAAUGACCAUCACCGACCAAAGUUUGGACGAGGCACAAGCAAAGAAACACGCACUCAAUUGUCACCGAAUGAAACCUGCGUUAUUCAGCGUCCUGUGUGAGAUCAAGGAAAAGACUGGCCUGUCAAUGAGGAACGCCCAGGAGGACGAGCCUCAGGACCCUCAGCUGGUGCGAUUGGACAACAUGCUGCUGGCGGAGGGUGUGGCGGGGCCGGAGAAGGGCGGCGGGGCUGCUGCUGCCGUGUCUGCUGCCACAAGCUCGGGAGGGAUGUCACCCGACAGCUCGCUCGAGCACUCCGACUACAAAAGCAAGUUGAGCCAGAUUCGCAGUAUCUACCACACUGAGCUGGAGAAGUAUGAGCAGGCGUGCACUGAGUUCACCACUCACGUCAUGAACCUGCUGAGGGAGCAGUCGCGCACGCGGCCCGUGACCCCGCGGGAGAUCGAGCGCAUGGUGGCCAUUAUCCACCGCAAGUUCAGCUCGAUCCAGACCCAGCUGAAGCAGAGCACCUGUGAGGCGGUCAUGAUCCUGAGGUCCCGCUUCCUCGAUGCCAGGCGCAAACGACGCAACUUCAGCAAACAGGCCACAGAGGUCCUGAAUGAGUAUUUCUACUCCCACCUGUCCAACCCUUACCCCAGCGAAGAAGCCAAAGAGGAACUCGCCAAACAGUGUGGAAUCACCGUGUCUCAGGUCUCCAACUGGUUUGGCAACAAGAGAAUCCGCUACAAGAAAAACAUUGGAAAGUUCCAAGAGGAGGCCAACCUUUAUGCCAUGAAGACAGCUCUGGGGGCCAGACAGGGCGACGACUCCCCGCACACUCCCAACUCCACGGGGUCUGGGUCCUUCUCUCUGUCUGGGUCAGCUGACCUGUUUCUUGGGGUUCCACCUGUGAACGGGGAGCAGUCUACUUACCAAAUGGGCAUGCAGGCUAACGGGAACUGGCACGGGCGCAACUCCCCCCCAUCGGGCGCCUCACCCCACAGCGACCACUCAGACAACUCCGACUGAUGGCCCCGCUCCACCGGCACAGAACGACAGCGACGGAAAGUUUGACGACGGAAAAAGACAGAAAGAAUGAUUUCACACUUCCCACUUGGCUGCAGUUGUUUUUGUACGUUGUUUGUUUGGUUUUGAUUAUUUUAAAUGUACACUGUUUUAUUAUUAUUAUUUUUAUUUUAUUUUUUCCCUUUUCUUACUGCUCAGCGUCGGUCAUUAUUAUGUUUGUAUGAUGAGCUGAGUGCACGGAUGGUAGAGUGAAAAUGUGUGUGUGUGUGUUGUGUGCAUGCAGGCGUGGUUUUAUUAUCGGGGGUCGUAGGGUUCGUUUUCCACUACUUUUGACAUGUUACUGAGGUGUGUGUGUUUGUGGUUGGGCAAGGGAGGGGGGAAGGGCAGCAUUAUCAUUGUUUUUAGCACACUAUAUCAUUAUUAUUAUUAAUAUUAUUGCUGUUUUAUUAUUAGUGCUACAACUAUUUUCAUUUUAACAGCUCAGAGAGAGAGAAUGCAUUUAGUGACUGAGAGGGGCAAUAGAGAAAAAUCCAAAGAUUUUGUGUGUUUGUUUCUCUGUUUAUUUUUUAUUUUCUACCGGGCUUACGUGUCCCUGUAAUAAUGAAUGACGUGUGACUGAGUCCACAUUAACGGUUUGAAUGAGUAUAUCAACAGUGCUGUCUUUUUUUCUGUACAGUGAAACACCUGUAUUCUCUCUACCUACCUCUUUUACAAUAAAGACUCUGUAUUCACAACCA